AUGGCGUCUCCCCAGCAGAUUGCGGACCUUAGCCGUAAGAUAUUUCAGCGUCUACCCCAGCGACACAUCCCAUCGGGUAACAAAGUCAUCAGCAAGCAGCUUAAGGGCGAUAAAGUGGCUUCAUGGUUCAACAAGCCUCUGCUUCUCCGUCUCGGUGGUGAUGACCCCAACUUCGAGAUCCUGAACGAGGAGCGUCUCGGUAAGCUCGACCAGAUGAAGCGGAGGGGCAAGUCGAUUCCCAAGAAGGGUGCAGGCAAGCGUUCCAAGAAGUAG